AUGCGUGCAGCCGUGGAGAGUACCUCUCACACCUCAGCAGCAGGGAAUUCGUCGCCUGUUGUUGUGAAUCCUCCACGUGGUGAGUCACCACGUGCGACAGGUACAUCCGUUGCAUCUGCCGCGGGUACCACGAGUCGUAAUCAAGAUGAGUCUGGGAUAGAGCUCAUCAAUUCUGGCCAGUUGGAUGAUUCAUCCGACUCGAAGGCGACUCCUCACGUCUCGGGAUCACCCGGGGCGGACGCUGGAAGAGCCAGGCUGACUGGCUCUGGUCAGCGCGGCAGCAUUAGACCGAGAUCUUUGGAUCGAGUGAUUCUAUGA